AUGGCUAAUGAGGAAUAUGUGACGGAUUCAAGUUCCGAUUUUACAGAAUAUUGGAUAGAUUCAUUUUUAGGUAUAAAAGGAAAUGAAUAUUUUUGUGAUAUUGAUGAUGAAUAUAUAAGAGAUAGAUUUAAUUUAACAGGAUUAAAUCAAGAAGUUUCAAAAUUACCAACACUAAUAGAUAUUAUUACUGAUGUAAUAGAUAUUGAUUCACAACCUGAAGAACAUAGAGAUGUUUUAGAACAUAAUGCAAGAAUAUUAUAUGGUUUAAUACAUGCAAGAUAUAUCUUAACUACAAGAGGUUUAAAUAAAAUGUUUGAAAAAUUCCGUAAUGGAGAUUUUGGUUAUUGUCCAAGAGUACAUUGUCAAUUAAAUCCUUUAUUACCAAUAGGUCUUAAUGAUCAACCAAGAAUGGCAAGUGUAAAAUUAUAUUGUUCAAAAUGUGAAGACCUUUACAAUCCAAAAUCAGGUAGACAUUCAGUAAUAGAUGGAGCAUAUUUUGGUACGUCGUUUCCUGCAAUGUUCUUUCAAAAUUUCCCCAAUAUGAUUCCAAUACAUUCAAAAGAUACUUAUGUUCCAAGAGUAUUUGGAUUUAAAUUACAUGAAUAUUCAAAAUUAAAUAGAUGGAGAGAAUUACAAAGAUUAAAAUUAGAAAGAAGAUUAAUGAAAAAUGGUAUACAAAUAAAUAAUGUUGUUGGUGGAUUUAUAAUGGAUACAAAUAAUGGUGGGAAUGGUAAUAAUUAUAAUAAUAAUAAUAAUAAUAAUCUUAAUACGAAUUAUACCGAUAACGUAAUUCAAUCAAUAAUGAAAUGUACUCCAAAAUCUAUACGGCAAGCGCAGUCAUCAUUUAUAAGGCUCCUGUCAACCACCGCCAAAUCAACAAUUCAACAAAUCGGUCAAUAUGAAACACUCCCUAAAAAUUCAAGAGUAUUUUCAAUGAUUCAACCAACUGGUAAAAUUCAUUUAGGUAAUUAUUUAGGUGCUGUAAAGAGUUGGAGAACUUUAUCAGAUAAUAAUCCAGAAAGUAAAUUUAUAUUUGGAGUUGCUGAUUUACAUGCAUUUACAAGUUUUAAACCAGGUUCAGAAUUGAAAGAUUUUAGAUAUCAAGCAAUUGCAAGUUUAUUAUCAAGUGGGUUAGAUAUAAAUAAAUGUAUAUUAUAUUUCCAAUCAUCAGUACCUGAACAUCUGGAAUUAAAUUGGUAUCUUACUUGUUUUACAAGUAUGGGACAACUAAACAGAAUGACUCAAUGGAAAUCAAAAUCUCAACAAAACCAAUCAAGUUCAAUAGUUGAUGAAAAAGUAAUGGAACAAACUAAAGCUGGUGUUUUCUGCUAUCCUGCUUUACAAGCAGCUGAUAUUUUAUUAUAUAAAUCAACUCAUGUACCUGUUGGAGAUGAUCAGACUCAACAUUUAGAAUUAACAAGAAAUAUUGCUAAAAUUUUCAAUCAUGCUUAUGGUGUGGAUUAUUUCCCCUUACCUAAUACUUUAUUAACACCUGCUAAAAAGAUAUUAAGUUUAAAAAAUCCAGAAAAAAAAAUGUCAAAAUCAGAUCCAAUUCAAAGUUCUUGCGUUUAUGUAACUGAUACUCCAGAAGAAAUUAAAUUCAAGAUUAAAAAAGCAACAACAGAUUCAAUACAAGGUGAAUGGGAAUAUGAUCCAAUAAAAAGACCAGGAAUUUCAAAUUUAAUAAAUAUAAUAUCAGGAUUAAGUGAUAAAUCUAUAAAAGAAUGUUUAAUUGAAAUAAAGCAUUUAAAAGAUCAUAAACAAUUAAAAGAUUACGUUAGUGAAUUAAUUAUAAAUGAAUUUAAUAAUAAAAGACAAUUAUAUGAUGAAUUAUUACAAAAUAAAGAUUAUCUUGAUGAAAUUAGUUCAAAGGGAAGAAUUCAAGCUAGAGAAAUUGCUUCGAAAAAUAUUAAAGAAAUUAGAAGUAUUAUUGGAAUGGAUUAA